GUAUGAGUAGUAUGGGAGAUGGGCUUCAAUAUUCCAGUGUGUUUCUGAGCUGACCACCUGACAUUUUCAUUCUAUUUAAUAUGUGGUAAGACUGGCAUAGCAUUGCUACACCAAUUUAGCCCUUAUGACUUUUCGAUUGUUACUUCUUUCAUUACUGAUGUCAAUAUCACCUGAGAGAUUAUGCUGUUGGUGGGAAUUACAGCAACUCAGUUGAAGCGUUCCAAAGUAUUUUAUUGCAACGCCAGCGGAUGUUAAUACAUCACCAGCGAGGCAUCUUUCUGACCUUUGGCUCCAAGACAUUUCACACGGCUUUGAGGCUCGAGUCGAGAAAGGAACAACAUCCUUAGCAGUUGCAAGCAGCACAUCAUUAUGGAGACAGACCAAGAGGCUUGCAAGGCAGCUGCAAGCUGUCCAGCUCCAAGCCAAGGACCCGUCAAGACUGGCUGGCUGUCCUCCAACAAGAGGGGCCCCCCAGUAACCAAGCCACCAUCUGAUGGGACCUCUCGUUUCCAAGGAGACGGGGUUCGCUAUAAGGCCAAGCUGAUUGGCGUGGACUACGUCCCAGCGGCCCAGGGAGAUAAGAUGUGUUUGGACUCCAUGAUGAAACUCAAGGGCCAGGAGGUGGCAGGCAGGAACCAGGGACGACACAAGCAGAGGGUGUGGCUGAAGGUGUCCAUUACUGGUGUGAAAAUCUUAGAUGAGAGGACUGGGGUUGUGGAGUAUGACCACGAGAGGGGGAAAAUAAACUCCCUGACAAAGGAUGAGUCAGACCCUAGAGCCCUCUCCUACAUCUACGAUCAUGAAGGCACCUACACUCUGUUCUACAUCAAGAUGGCCAAUUUGGCUGACCCUGUCCUUGAUGAUAUCAAAGAAGUCUGCCAAAGCCCAGUAACACAAGAGGACCAAGUCAUAAAGGUCAAUAAACCAGUAGAGGGCCUGGAUGACUUGGAAAUGUUCAAUUCCAUGCCUAACUCUCCGUCAGGGCAACCAAAGCAGAUCUCAUCCAGGGACGAGCUGAUGGACAUCUUCUCUUUCCCCAGUCAAAACUCUGACAUGAAUCAACCAGGAUCUCCACAGUCUCUGUCAGUUCCUCAGAUAUUUCCCACCUUCCCUGGUCAGCCGAUCGCUGUUGCAUCAUUCAUCUCACCUCCUGUUUCAAUACCUUGGUGUCAGCAAGGGCCCCUCCCAACUCUCUCACCCAGUUUAAAUGGAUCCUGGGGGGCUCCGGCCCCCUGGCCUUCCCAGCCCAACAUGACUGGAUGGAUCCCAGGGCCGGGUGGCAUGAUGCCCUAUGGAGGCCCCCAGCUGCAGGGGUACGGAGUGAACCCACAGCCAGGGGUUAUGUGGGGUCAGAACACAAUGAGCUUUCCCACCUCUGCCCCAAACUACACGCCCUACAGGGCAGAGGGACUCCAGCAGCAGCCCGGCUCUCCUACCACCAACAACAAACCAGCCCAAGGAUGAACUGGCUUAGAGAGCCAAUGAAAUGUCCCUGUUGUCUUCAUUGGCAUUGUCAGGGUCGGAUUACAGAACGGGCACGCAGGGCACGACCUUCUAUGCCCCCUGAAGUUCGGGGUUCCCCAGAUAGCAUAUUAUAGCAAAAUGUGUAGAAUUACAGAAAAUGUGCUUCAAAACUGCAAUCUUUUCUCUCAGCCUCAUGGCAAAAUGUGAAUAAUAGCAUGAGAUGAGCUAUAAAACAGAACAUUCUUCUCUCUGACCUAUGGCAAAAAGUGUAGAAUUGCAGGAAAUUAACUUUACAACUGCAAGAUUUUCUCAUAGCCUCAUAACACAAGGUAUAAAAUAGCAUUAUAAAACUACACAUUUUUUAAGGAAGUUAGCAGUUUUCCUAUGAAAAAAAAUCUGGAUGCCCCAAAUGCAGUAGUCCGGCCCUGUGCAUUGUCUUUCUAGUACUUAGUAGUGCCUUUUCCAUAUGUAUGUAUUCCGUAUUCCAUUCCGUAUGUAUGAAUCUGUUUACUAGGGUGCAGUUCUACAUUGCUUUUGAUAAUGUACAUUUGUGAAUUUGAGCUCAACAGCAAUUAUAUCUGUAGAUUGUUCAGUAGACUUUACUUUUUUUGACAGAAUCAUUUAGAUGAAGAAGUAAGACAAAUGACAUUCAAAUGCUGUAGUUUUGGAGGGAUCUCACAGAGCUGAACUUGUUUACAAUUCUGAGAAUUCACAUGAAAGACAAAUUUGACAUUCUUUUUAAAUGUAUUUUCUCCGUCUAGGUAAACAAGAUAACGUGGUUAUGUUUAUGUUCUGGAAAGUGAAUUCCAUGCAUGCUGUGGAUCUCAUGAUGGGAUGAGUGUUCAUAAAUCAUGUUUCGUAGAUAUUUAAAUCAAGUAAUGAGGGUCGAAUAGAUUUAUGAUUUUCUCAGCUCCAUUUUGCAUUAAAUGGUAUUAGGCCUACUGAUAAUGUUGAAAAAAGUACUCGUUUUUCAAGAGGAACAUACACUUUGUAAUGGUAAUCAUAUCAAAAGACGGUCAUGGAAAUAAAUUGU